AUGGCCUCGAACGAGACAAAAGGGGCAGACCUAGACACCAAGGCUCUCCCCUCGGGGACGUCAUCGUCGACAUCACUCGACGCCGCCGAGCGCAGCAACCGGAUCAAAGACUUGAGCGACUGCGCUUUCGACACCAGCGAAGAUCCCAGAUACUACAAGCCGAUCCCGUCAUACGAAGGCAUCCAUCGAUGGGAUCCGGACUUUGACUGGGAAGAGGAGGAGGAAAAGCGCGUCCUCAGAAAGAUCGAUCUGCGCGUCUGCACCUUCGCCUGCGUCACGUUCUUUGCCCUGCAGCUGGACCGCGGCAAUGUCGUCCAGGCCAUGUCGGACAACAUGCUGGGCGACCUGGGCAUGAACACCAACGACUACAACACCGGCCAGACCAUCUUCUUCCUCUGCUUCCUGUUCGCCGAGCUCCCGUCGCAGCUGAUCUCGAAGAAACUCGGCCCGGACCGGUGGAUCCCCAUCCAGAUGUUCUCGUGGAGUCUCAUCGCAGCGUGCCAGGCGUUCCUCAAGAGCAAGGGCGGCUACUACGCCUGCCGUGCGCUGCUGGGGCUGUUCGAAGGCGGAUUCAUCCCCGACACCAUCCUCUUCCUCUCCUUCUGGUACAAGUCAAAAGAACUCCCCAUCCGGCUCAGCUACUUCUGGGUCUCGUACCAGGGCACCGCGAUCAUCGGCGCGUUCCUCGCCUUCGGCUUCCUGCACAUCCGCCGCGAUGACGGCACCGGCGGCUGGCGGUACCUGUUCGCAUACGAAGGCCUGAUCACGGGGGUCGUCGCCAUCGUCGCCGCGUUCUGGAUGCCCGCGUCGCCGGUGCAGACGAAGGGCGGCUUCCGCGGCAAGGACGGCUGGUUCAAUGAGCGCGAGGAGAAGAUCAUGGUCAACCGCGUGCUGCGCGACGACCCCAGCAAGGGCGGCAUGCACAACCGCCAGGCGGUGGAUCUGCGCAUGCUGUGGCGCGCCCUGUGCGACUACGACAUGUGGCCGAUCUACCUGCUCGGCCUGACGUGGAUGAUCCCCAACACGCCCGCCACGAGCUACAUCACGCUGAACCUGAAGGCGCUGGGCUUUUCGACUUUCCAGACGAACCUGCUGACCAUCCCCGCGUAUGUCAUUUUCAUCCUCAACCUGCUGUUCUGGACGUGGGUGUCCGAGCGGUUUAACCAGCGCCUGCUGCUCGGCGUCGUCUCCGAGUUCUGGUGUCUGGUGCUGUUGAUCGCGUUGGCGGUGCUGCCGGAUGGGGCUAGUCCGUGGGCGCGCUGGAUUCUCAACGUGCUGCUCAUCGGCGCGCCGUACGUCCAUGCCAUCAUCGUGGCUAUGACGUCGCGGAAUGCCGGGUCGGUGCGGACGCGCACGGUCGCCAGCGCCGUCUACAAUAUGAUGGUGCAGGCGUCGAAUAUCAUCGGGAAUAAUAUCUACCGCAACAACGACAAGCCGUAUUACCGCGUCGGCAACCGCGUGCUGAUCGCCCUGACGGUGUGGAGCAUGUUGCUGUUUGUCUUUGCCAAGUUUUACUACAUGUGGCGCAACAAGAAAAACGCGGAGAAAUGGGACGCGAUGAGCAGCGCCGAGCGCGAGGCGUAUCUCGAGGCGAACAAGGACAAGGGAAACAAACGGCUUGAUUUCCGGUUCAUCCACUAG